AAUCGCGGAAGUAGUCGCGCCAAUGGUUUUAUCCAGGCGGCAAGAGAAUAAACAUUGACCCCCCUUGCGUGGGUAACGUGACAAUAAACAUGGAUGACGAAUGGGAAGACGAGGAGCAGAUUGUUGUUGUAGAACUCUCUGGGAUCAUAAAUAAUGAUGCUAUGUUCAAGUCUCGGGGCACCUGCAAAAUACUGGAUAUUGACAGUGAGCAGCCAAUGAUGCAAGUGGGCCAGUACGUGUUUGCAGGUGAAUAUGAAGAUGCCAUAGGAACAUGCGUGCUUUUUGAGGAGGGAGAAGGCAAAGGCGGUGUACCUGAGCUCCAGUACAAGUGUCAUACGGUGAAGAAACUCAUGAUGCAGCGGGUCUUCCUCAGCGCGAAGAAAGAAAAUGAAAGUGAUGCAGGUGCCGAAGGGCAUAAGCAGGGCGACACGGUCUGCCAGUCGGUCGAAGAAACAAAACAGGAAGGAUGAACACCAGACAUGCAAUGAAGAUGGUGAUGAUCCAAGUGAAGAAACAAGCUUGUAUUUGUUUUUAUUGUCCACCUUAUUAUUUAAGGAACCUGGCAUUUUGACAAUGUCAUUUGUAUUUUCCUACUCUGUGUCCCUGUCAAUAUGAAGGAGCUGCCCCUUUAACAAAUAUUUUUGAUAUUUUCAUUGACAUUGUCACCCUGAAUGUAAGCAUAUAUGUUUUGCUUUUUUCAUGUACAUUCUGUGAUUUGCAUUAUUUUGUAGUUGAUGUGUUUUGAAACAUUAUUGAAUAAAAAUAUCCUACUUU